AAGCAUUCUUCGGGCAUACGUAUCACCAAGCCAGGCAAGCCAAGGAUUUAUUAUACUGGUUAACUCAAAGGUGGACUUAAAGAAAGGACUGAUCUUUAUGAUUUGCAGUAGCACCAUCACAGCAGGGAUCUUUCUUGUGAUUGGUCUUACACGAGUGGGAUACAUCAUCCAAGUGCUAUUUCUUAUUACUAAUCAAGAACUUGAAGAAAUUCAGAUUGGCAUAGCAUCCCUCUGUUUGCUGUCCGUGAUCCUAAAUACUGGAUCUGCAAUCCAUGGAUUAUUAUUAAUGAAAAAACACACCACUUUCUGUCUCCUCGCUGAGUUGUUGAGGUUCAUUGCAAAAUUAGGGUGUAUUUUCUCUCUCAUGGCUACACCCUUAAUAACUAGAAGACCAAUCUUGAUACCUGUAAUAUCAGCAUAUGUGUCAGCAUUGGUUUACCUUCUCUUUAGCUAUAUAGGAUAUAAAAUAUUCUUGAUCAAUGAGCUACCAGAUGAAAGCACAAAGAAACUGACAUACCACAACAUGAUUAAAGUAACACUACCCCUAGGACUACAAGAAUUGAUCGAAAGAUGUGAAACUAUUAUUCUCAGCUUUACAGUUGCACAACUAACUCCAUCUAUAUCUAUGCGAAGUAUGGCACUGGCGAACAUUCAUGUCCUCCACGCAGCAUUUUAUUCAUUGCGAAGGACAUUAGUCAGUAUCGCAACAAUGGUAUCCGCAUACCUUGCAUCUGGGAGUAACUCAUCAUUACAUUUUGACCAUGAACUAGUUAUCUGCACCUCUAUUAUUGCAAUUGUUUCAUUUUUGAUUUCAAUUUCAAUAUGUUGGAUAACUCCCAUUACAAGGGUUAUAUUCUUAUAUUUAUUUCACAUUUCCGAAGAAAAUUUCAUUGCAGUAUACUAUCCCUUUAAGUUGUAUACAUUCUGGCCAAUUAUACAAACAUUUGCUUUGUUUUCCCUUGGAAUUUUACUGCAUAAGAAAGACACUAAGAUGUCAAUAGUGAGUUCCGCUUGCCAAGUCAUUAUAAUGGGUUGCCUACCAUUUGCUUUAGAUCAUCUUGGAUUUAAUGUUUUACUGUCUUCAGUGAUGGCUUUGUUUACUGCUCAAUCAUCUACUGCUAGCAUACUUUUCUCAUA